CCGCCAGCUCUUCCGGGAGCCCGGGGCAUGAACGGCUACGGCUCUCCCUACCUGUACAUGGGCGGCCCCGUGUCGCAGCCGCCGCGGGCGCCCUUGCAGCGCACGCCCAAGUGCGCGCGCUGCCGCAACCACGGCGUGCUGUCCUGGCUCAAGGGCCACAAACGCUACUGCCGCUUCAAAGACUGCACCUGUGAGAAGUGCAUCCUUAUCAUCGAGCGGCAGCGGGUCAUGGCGGCGCAGGUGGCGCUGCGCAGGCAGCAGGCCAACGAGAGCCUCGAGAGCCUCAUCCCCGACUCGCUGCGCUCCCUGCCGGGACCCCCGCCGCCGGGAGACGCCACCUCUGCCCCGCCGCCGCCGACCUCGCAGCCGUCUCAGCCACCGCCGCCGCCGCGCCCCGCUGUGGAGUUGGCUGCUGCCGCCGCGCUGCGCUGGGCCGCGGAGCCCCAGCCUGGGGCGCUGCAGGCGCAGCUCGCCAAGCCAGAUUUGACUGAAGAACGACUCGGGGACAGCAGCACAGCAGACACCACUGAGACCUUCAGUGACAAAGACACGGACCAGAGGAGCUCCCCGGACGUGGCCAAAAGUAAGGGCUGCUUCACGCCAGAGAGCCCCGAGAUAGUGUCGGUGGACGAAGGGGGGUAUGCGGUCCAGAAGAACGGAGGCAGCUCCGAGAGCCGACCCGACAGCCCCAAGUACCCCGGGGAGCAGAAUCACCUCCUGAUCGAGGGCCCCUCGGGGACCGUGUCUCUGCCCUUCAGCUUGAAAGCCAACAGACCGCCCCUGGAAGUGUUAAAAAAAAUAUUCCCCAAUCAGAAGCCCACGGUGCUGGAGCUGAUCCUGAAGGGCUGCGGGGGCGACCUGGUGAGUGCCGUGGAGGUCCUGCUCUCCAGCCGCACCUCCAGCUUGGCCGCGGACCGAACUGCGGCAGAGCCCGAGGGCCUGGUGCUGCCCUCCAGCGGGCACAUCUUUGAACACACCUUGAGCUCCUACCCCAUCUCCUCCUCCAAAUGGUCCGUGGGCUCGGCCUUCAGAGUCCCAGACACGUUGAGGUUUUCCGCCGACUCCAGUAACGUGGUCCCCAACCCCCUGGCCGUGCCCCUGCAGCACCCGUUCCCCCAGCCCCCCCGGUACCCUCUGAUGCUGAGGAAUACUUUGGCGAGAAACCAGUCGAGCCCCUUUCUUCCCAACGAUGUCACCCUGUGGAACACCAUGACGUUGCAGCAACAGUACCAGCUGAGGUCCCAGUACGUCAGCCCUUUCCCCACUAACUCUACCAGCGUCUUCAGAAGCUCACCUGUCCUCCCCGCCCGCGUCCCCGAAGACCCUCGGAUACCCAUCCCUGACGAUGGGUGUCCCAUCGUGUCAAAGCAGUCCAUUUACGCCGAGGACGACUAUGACGAGAGGUCUGACUCCUCAGACUCUAGAAUACUCAACACUUCAUCUUAAAGUGCUACCCGAUGGGUGGUGACCAGGUGACAUUGUCUGUGCAUUUGAACCCUGGCCCCCCCUUGAGGAGAGGCCACAUCCUGUGUAUACCUUUUCCUUCUGUUUCACAGAGUGACUGUGCUUGAUUCUAUACCUUAGCAAUAAA